AUGGGGCUCACUCGGAGUAAGAAGCCUCACCUUCGGCCCCUGCUCCUCCUGGUGCUGAUAUGGCUCUCCCAAUGCCUGAGUCUGGACCUGAUCCCCUACAAGCCACAGAUAACAGCCUGGGACCUGGAAGGGAAGGUCACAGCCACCACUUUCUGUCUGGAACAGCCUCGGUGCGUCUUUGAUGAGCAUGCCUCAGCCAACGACACCAUCUGGCUAGUGGUGGCUUUCAGCAAUGCCUCCAGGGACUUCCAGAACCCACAGACCCCUGCUAAGAUCCCGACCUCCCCACAGCUGCUGACUGAUGGCCACUAUAUGACAUUACCCUUGUCCCUGGAUCAACUGCCCUGUGAAGAUCUGACAGGGGGCAGUGGAGGUGUCCCUGUGCUUCGGGUGGGCAAUGACUUCGGCUGUAACCAGGAGCCCUAUUGCAACGCUCCCCUCCCGAGCCAGGGGCCUUUCAGCGUGAAGUUCCUUCUGAUGGAUGCCAGUGGCCCACCCAAGGCUGAGACAAAGUGGUCCAAUCCCAUUUAUCUCCACCAAGGGAAGGCCCCCAGCUCCAUUGACACAUGGCCCGGUCGGCGGAGUGGCUGUAUGAUUGUCAUAACUUCCAUCCUGUCUGCGCUGGCUGGUCUCUUGCUCCUGGCUUUCCUGGCAGCCUCCACUGUGCGAUUGUGA